UCUUAGGGUUCUCAUCUAUCUGUUCUCCAAUUUCACACUGUUUGGAACUGAAGCAAGGCCAGAUCGGGUCAAAGAACCUGUAGAUGAUGGACAAUUGUUUGGGAGCUCAAAGAUCUAGAAAGAUUCAGAGAGCUUUCCGUCACUGCAAGGUCACGAUCCUCUGCCUCCUACUCACCGUCGUCGUCCUACGUGGCACUAUCGGAGCCGGGAAAUUCGGGACACCGGAGAAAGAUUUGGCCGAGAUCCGCGACCACCUCUACUUCCGGAAACGCGCCGAGCCCCAUCGCGUCCUGGAAGAAGUCCAAACGACGUCGGAAAAUGACCGCGCCGGGGCCGACUCGAACGCCGGCACCAACAACUACAAUGAGUUCGACAUUAAGAAGAUUUUAGUCGACGAGGAAUCGGACGACUUGAAACACGAUCCUAACGAGCCCUAUUCACUCGGGCCCAAAAUCUCCGAUUGGGACGAACAGCGAUCUAAAUGGCUGAAAGAAAACCCUAGCUACCCGAAUUUCAUCGGUCCAAACAAACCGAGGGUUCUCUUAGUCACUGGUUCGUCUCCCAAACCUUGUGAGAACCCAGUCGGUGAUCAUUAUUUAUUGAAAUCGAUCAAGAACAAGAUCGAUUACUGUAGAUUACACGGGAUCGAGAUAUUUUACAAUAUGGCGCUUUUGGAUGCUGAAAUGGCAGGCUUUUGGGCGAAAUUACCGUUGAUUCGAAAGCUUUUGCUCUCGCAUCCUGAAGUUGAAUUCUUGUGGUGGAUGGAUAGUGACGCUAUGUUUACUGAUAUGGCAUUUGAGGUUCCUUGGGAAAGGUACAAAGACUUCAACUUUGUUAUGCACGGUUGGAAUGAGAUGGUUUAUGAUCAAAAGAAUUGGAUUGGACUAAAUACUGGGAGCUUUUUGUUGAGAAAUGGGCAAUGGGCACUUGAUAUUCUUGAUGCUUGGUCUCCAAUGGGUCCCAAAGGCAAGGUUAGGGAGGAAGCAGGAAAGGUUUUGACCCGGGAACUUAAGGGUCGACCUGUUUUUGAAGCUGAUGAUCAGUCUGCAAUGGUGUAUUUGUUGGCUACUCAACGAGAGAAAUGGGGCAAUAAGGUUUACUUAGAGAAUGCAUAUUAUUUGCACGGUUAUUGGGGGAUCUUGGUCGAUAGAUACGAGGAAAUGAUUGAGAAUUAUCACCCUGGUUUAGGUGAUCAUCGUUGGCCAUUGGUGACUCACUUUGUGGGGUGUAAGCCUUGUGGAAAGUUCGGGGAUUACUCGGUCGAGAGGUGCUUGAAGCAGAUGGAUAGAGCUUUCAAUUUUGGGGAUAAUCAAAUUCUUCAGAUUUAUGGGUUCACUCACAAGUCUUUGGCUAGCAGAAGGGUUAAGAGAAUUAGAAACGAGACCGGUAAUCCACUCGAUGUGAAAGAUGAGCUUGGACUGCUUCAUCCGGCUUUUAAAGCUGUUAAGGUAUCCUCUUCUUGAUGAUAUAGGCUUUCUACGAGAUCUUAUGCCGUCCAAAUGAUAGUUUACGAUGUUGUGUAUGCAGUGAGAAUUUUUUGUUUUACGUAUGGUGAAAUAGCAUUCUUUCUUUACUUAUUUAUCUUUAAAUUAUGAGUUCUUAAAUCCUUCCAAAGGAAAACAAACUGGGUUCUGUCAAUACUUGAGCACGAUGAUUCAUUGUCA